AUGGCUAAGACCAAGGAUACCAAGGUUGCUAAGGCUUCCAAGAAGACUGAGGUCAGACUACCACUCUCAACUGUCAAGAAUGCGGCAGUUGUUAAACCAUCUCAAUCAACAAAAGCUAAAUCUAAACAGACCGCAAAGGCUACUGCCACCAAGGCCGCUAAGCCAGCCCCAAAGCCAGUCAAGAAGGCUGCCACCCCAUCCUCCGACAGCGAAUCUGGUUCCGACUCGGAUUCUUCUGAAUCUGAGGAGGAGAAGCCAGCGCCAAAGGCCACCAAGGCUAAGGCUAACGGAAAGGCUGCUAAGGUCGAGAAGAAAGAGGUAGAAUCAUCCUCCUCUGACUCCUCAUCUUCGUCUGAAUCCGAAGAUGAUUCCUCAUCAUCUGAAUCCGAAACUGACUCUAAACCCGCCGCAAAGACUGCCAAGAAGGCUGCUGCUUCUGAGAGCGAAGAUAGUGACGACUCAAGCGACUCCGAAUCCGAGGAGGAGGCUAAGCCAGUUGUUGCUGCUGCCAAGAAGGUUCAAAAGGUUGUCGAUGCCGGUAAGGCAAAGGUCAACGGUGCUGCUAAGGUCGUCGCUAAGGCUACUGAGGACUCUGAUGACUCCGAUAGCUCUGAUGACUCCGAGGAAGAAGAGAAGAAGGAAUCUGGAUCUGGCUCCGACUCUUCUGAUUCCGACAGCGAGUCUGCCAGCGAGGCUGAGGCCGAAGCACCAUCCAAGAAGCGUAAGGCCGAGGAUGAGCCAGAGGCUUCCACCAAGAAGUCCAAGACUGAGGAGACUGUUGAGGAUAACGGAAGCAAGAACUUGUUCGUUGGUAACUUGAGCUGGAACAUUGAUGAUGAGUGGCUCUACCGCGAGUUCGAGGAGUUCGGUGAGAUCAGUGGUGCUCGUGUCAUCAGUGACAAGGCUACUGGACGCUCCAAGGGUUUCGGAUACGUUGAGUUCGUCAAGUCAAGUGAUGCUGCUGCCGCUCUUGCUGCCAAGAAGGGUGCUCUCAUUGAUGGUCGUGAGGCCAACGUUGACUUCUCCACUCCCCGUGACACCACCGCACCAAGAGAGCGUGCUAACAACCGUGCUGCUCAAUUCGGUGAUGCCAAGAACCCACCUUCCGACACCCUCUUCCUCGGUAACCUUUCCUUCGAUGCUGAUGAGAACGUUGUUGGUGAGGCUUUCGGUGAGCACGGCACUGUUGUCAACGUCAGACUUCCAACUGACCAGGAAACUGGCAACCCCAAGGGUUUCGGAUAUGUUACCUUCGGUUCCGUUGAGGAUGCUACUGCCGCUUACGAUGCUAUGAUGGGUGCCGAUAUUGCUGGUCGUCCAGUCAGACUUGACUAUGCUACUCCCCGUCCAGAGCGCAGUGAGGGUGGUGGCUUCGGUGGCCGUGGUGGUGGACGUGGUGGCGGUGGCCGUGGUGGCGGACGUGGUGGUGGACGUGGUGGCUUCGGUGACCGUGGAGGACGUGGUGGUGCUCGUGGUGGUGCCCGUGGAGGUCGUGGAGGCAGCACUAACCGUGGGGGCUUCGGUGACUUCAAGGGAAAGAAGAUGUCUUUCGAAUAAGCUGAUGAUAUCAUAUGAGGGUUACCAUUGUCUGUCCGUACUUCGUCACAUGUUGAGUAUUCUUCUCGAAGAUACUUUCAUGUUGAUAUGUGGGUCGUUGGCUUUGUGGGUUGUGGGCUCUUGACUCUACUCCUUAUGGAGAAUGUGGCUAUUGAGACAUAUCUUCUGCUUUCUCUGGAUCAUUUCAUUGGAAGAGAAGUUUACAACUUGUGGGCUUGAUUUACGUGGUCGUCGGCUUGUGGCUGUCCCUUUCGGCUUUUUGAUUGGUUCAUUGGGGCGUUUAGGUAAAAACAUUGUGGUCUAUGGCUUUGAACAUAUUAAGAGGCUGGGUAUGAUCCUUUCUUGUAUCUUUGGAUACCUUGAGAGGGGACCGCACCUCAUGUGGCUUUCCGAGGGCAUAAUGUAAAAAUUCUUUCUUUGGUUGGGUGGAAUGGUUUAUGACAAAUAUUACCCGGUUCUUUGCGAAAUGUCUCGCUAGACCAACUGUAUUAUAUGGUGAGUAUUUUGCAACUAGUAUCCUCCCUUGCUGUUGCUGUCUUAUUUUAC